AUGAAGGAAAAAACAGGCAAAAAAAUAUCGAUUCGAAGCGUGGUGCAGGAUGAGAAUCCAGCUCUGACAAACACAGUCAUCGUUAAUGGAGCAUAUCUCUUCAGCACUUUUGGUGAUCGGCUAUGGAUGUUCGCGGUGGGAAUCUUUAUGACACGGAUUGGUGGACUUUCUUGGGUGGCGAUUCAACAAUUGGUCGAUUCGUUGACGAAGUUGUUGUUGUUGCCGAUGGUUGGGACCAGAUUGGAUAAAUUCAACAGGAAUCGUGGAAUGCAAUUGGUUCUCUUGUGCAACAACUUGUCAAUCGUCGUCUCGGCUUGUGCUUUCUACGUGGGAGAGACGAAAUUCGCGAAAGAGAGCGGUGCUUUAAAGCAUAUUGCUUUGAUUAUGGCACUGAUCUUUGGGUCAAUCUCACGAGUUGCCAGUGAAGCACAAAGGAUCACUUUCAACAAGGACUGGAUCAUCGUUUUGGUGGAGAAUACGAAUGGAGCCACUCGAUUGUCUACUCAAAACUCGAUUAUGGGAGCCAUUGAUCACGCAGCGAAUAUGAUUGCUCCUGUCAUUGUUGGCGGUGUUAUUGAUAACAUUUCUUCACAAGCUUGUUGCAUUUUCAUCAUUUUGUGGAACAUUGUCUCGUGGAUUCUUGAAGGAUUCGUUCUUUUCUGGGUUUACAAAAGAACUCCUGCAUUAGCCACAAAGAAAGGUGAUGAAAAGUUCGAGGUGGAACAAGCUCUUUGUGGAAUCAGUGCCUUCAAAGCUUAUAAGCGACAAAGUUGCUUCCGUGCUGCUUUCGGUUUAGCUCUUCUCUAUAUGACUGUACUUGGAUUCGACAAUUUGGCUAUCUCUUACGGACUUUCUCAAGGAGUUUCCGCGUCAGCUCUUGGAUCUCUUCGCUCGUUUGGUGCUUUAUUGGGCAUGCUUGGCAUCUUCACCUAUACAUUGAUGGAGAGAACGAUUGGACUCGUCUUUGCUGCUUUCAUUGGACUAUUGCUUCAAAACAUUGCCAUCAAUUUGUGCUCGACUUCAACCGUCCUCCCGGGAAAUCCCUUCAACGCUACUGGCUUUAUCUCAAACAUGAACUUACAGGAAUGGUCGGGUCAUGUCAAGAAUGGAAUCAUGAAAGCUGGUUUGGAGACGGAUAAGGUGCAAGCUCUCCCGAUUUGGCAACUCCCGCCAUCGAUCAUUCUUUUCUUUACCGGCAUCACUCUGGCUAGAUAUGGACUCUGGAUUGCUGAUCCAGCUAUCUCACAAAUCAUGCAGCACACAAUCCCGGAACGAGAGCGUUACACCGUUUUCGGAGCUCAAACAGCAAUCUGCGAAUUCUUCAGUGUCAUCAAAGAUCUUUUGGUAAUCUCUUUCCCAGUAGUUGAAAUGUUUGGUCUUCUUUCACUCAUCUCAUGCUGCUUUGUUUUCACCGGUUUUUUAUUCUACUUUUCGUAUUUCAUCAAGAAUCUUCGCACCAAGUUUGAACUUGAAAACGAAAACGAUAAAGAAUUGAUCGAAAUUGGAGCAAAAUCUGAAACUGUACCUCUAGCUGAAUUCGAGAAAACUGAUAUUGAGAAAGAUGUU